AUGAAGCUCCUCCGAAUUCAAUCAACUGUUGCUUAUUUCAAGAAUUGUGCCACGAAGGCCAAAAUUUGGCUCUCCUUCACAACUAGGCGAUUUCACCGCUCUCGUCAGUCUUUUGACCCAUCAUCUGCCACAACUGUAUCACCUGCAGGCGUAUCACUUUCGCCCCCUUCCACUCCUGUCUCGCCUGCUAGCUUCACCUCGCCUGUUAGCUCCACCCCGUCAUCAACUCCAAUCAGCCUCAUGAGUAUUGACAACUCACUGGUCACUCCCCCAUUUGUACCCUAUCACGAACUUUACACUGGCCUUGCCACUCCACUCUUGUUUUCACCAACCUCAAGUACUAUUUUGGCUCCUGACUUGGCCUCGACGGCAAGUGAUACCAGCCCCAUGAGUAUCGAUCCCCCCUCCAUCGGGACUCUUGAAUUCUUCCAGUUUCAUGCCCACUCGACCAUCACAAAUUCGCCCACAUCCAUCCGUCUUUUGCCCACGAGCAUCACGACCAAUGGAAGCUCUCAAAUCACAUCUCUUCCGACAACCCAAAGCAAGGCCGGAAGAAAAAACUGGAUUGAGGUAGCCAGAGAGCUACAUCGCCAAUCUCCCACCCCCACCGCUUCAUCGCACCCAUGCCCAGCACUCGUGACUUCCACCCCUGACGACCUCGCUGUGACCCAGCUUGCUGCUCGAACCCCUCGGCCCUACGCCAACUACCAGCUUCCUAGUUUUGUAGCAAAUCUGUCUCCACCACCUUAUGAAGUCGCUAGGAAGCGUUGCUUGUCUAUGGAUGACGACCUUGUUGUACACCCUUGCAAACGCCGCAAGUCUACACCUUCCAUGAAGAAAUGGCGCCUCUCGCUCUCUAUAGAGGAUGAGCAUACUGGAAGGUCUUAUUUUUUGGGGUAG